AUUUGACACAUCGCAGGAGAAGGAAAAGGAAGAAGACUUCGCGAUUGCAAACAACGAAGAAGCACAAUAAUUAUUCCGUAUUAUUACGAAAAAUACCAUAUUCUUUCCGGCAAUCCUUAGGUAUUUUCGUAUACGAAGAGUCUAGCCUUUCUUGUUCGCUGGUGUUUUUGUUCUGUUCGCGUGAUUAUGUACACACUGCUCGUUUUGGCGUGGAUCUUCAGCAUCUUCAGGUAGUCGGUAAGUUCUGUUUUGCAAUCGUCCUACCAGAAGAGUACUAUGUUUCAAAUAAUCAAAACUGGACAUCCGAAGUCGAGCUCAAAACAGUCACGACUCCAUUAUGUGAACUUUCCGGGGGAUGAUUGUCCAUCCCCACCGCCGAUGGUUUUGAGUUCCGCGGCAUACACUCAACUAAGUGCAGGCGGAAAGCGCCAGUUCGUCAAGGUGAACGAAGAAAUGUUUGUCAACGAGAUAAAAAAACGACCGAUCCUUUACAACACGUACCUGAAAGAUUACAAGAAAUUUAGUAUUAGACAUGAAGCUUGGGCUGAGGUAGCUCUGGCCAUUAAUUUGUCCGAGGGUGAGUGCAAAAAGCGAUGGCGAAGUUUGAGAGAUGCCUUCAUGAAGGUUGUACGGAAUAAGAAUGAAGAAGAGCGGAAAACUUGGUUACACUACAGGUUGCUGGAAUUUCUGCUGCCAUAUAUUGGAAACAGAUCUCGACGAUCGUCCAAAGCCGUGGAAUUGAUGGAUGGGUUCGAUAAUGAUGAGGAUACGGAGUAUGUCGAGAUUGAAGAAGACAUGGACAUUUUCGAGCAGAGUAGAGAGCCUAUCACCGUGUCCUACGUAACUGAAGAUGGCAAAGAAGUUUUUCAAAUGUUGCAAGAUCCGGAUACUAUUCCGGAAGGUGCAGUUAUAGGAAUCGAAGAAACUGAAGAGGAAGAUGAGGGUGAAGAAAGCGAAGAGAUUUUUCCAGUCGUACAUCGGCCGGAAGAGAUGACACCAAACGAGUCUAUACAAUCGCAGGAAAAUCACACUGCCAGCUAUAUGUACGAAGAACGGCUGGAUUCUACUAUGCUUGAAUUGGAAGGAGCAUUUGAAUCUACUCAGCAAGAGUUAUUUACUGAAAAUAGAGAGGAAAACGUCAAACAAGAGGCACUUUCAGAGGCUGAUGAAUCAGAAAUACACGUAGAAGAAUUAGAAAUGGAAUCGCUGAUAUCAGAACAGCACGAUUACUAUCAGACUGACACGCAAUCCGAAACGCAACAUCGCAUGGAUGCGAUGCCUAUGAAUCCACCCAGCAUACCAGAACCCACUCCAAUAGAAGACAUUUUAGAACCUGUUGAUGAAGCGGGCGAAACCACCGCUAAUCUGAAAGCUCCUCUUCCCUUAUCACUCACAAACUCUGCUCUCUCAUCGCCAUCGCAUAUUGAAAAACCAGAGCCCGCUGUCCCUAUGGUCGUCCCAUCUUCUGCCGCAUCGCUUCCGAAAGAUGAUUCAAAGAGUUCGAUCCAAGAACCGGACAACAAGCCUUCAGCUUCCAGCUGUAUGGAUUCCGAUGAGCGGUUUUUACUGUCGUGCGCGCCUAUUCUUCGUAGACUACCAAAUAAGAAGAAUCAGUUGGCCCGAUUGCGGAUACAACAGCUGCUGUUCGAGUUGGAGUACGAUGAAAAAUACAGCAGUUAACAAAUAUUAUAA